AUGAGCUGUGGCAUCUUUAUGAUCGGUUUCGAUGAAGAGCAAGCACAAGCGCGAUUUGUGAUCAGCUGUAAUGAUCGUGAGAUUUGCAAAGAGCUAAAAAAGAUUUUCAAGACGCAGUCACUGGAAGUGGACUACAUGGGCUUCAAGCCACUCAUCAGCACAAAUUUUCCUCGGAGCCAGAUUCCCCUGCAGAGGUUGUCCGAACGGAGCUCCUCCUUUGCUGAGUCAAGCUCAAGCUCUGGUGUUGAUGAAUCAUUUCCCUUUGUUGAACUGUCAUCAUUGGGCAAGUACAAGGUGUUCCUAAGGGAGCCUCUCCUACCGAAUCAGGCGUUGGUCCUACCGGCAUCGAUUUCCAUUGGAUCUGUGGCUUCCUCGCAUCAAGCGGUAAUAAGUGGCUUGGUCACACUGCAGUCUCAGAAUCGGACAUUUGCCUUAACUAUAGCUCAUGCUAUUACUCCUUCGGAAACAACCACUGUGGCAAAAACGGGAAGCUUUGAUCUAUCCACUUCAGAUGGAUCGAAAAUAGGCUCAGUCAUAAGAUCAUCUCAAGGCAUGAGAGCUGGCCUAGACUGGGCAUUGAUUGAAUUGGAGCACGACCUGGAGGUCUACACCCUAGCGCCAUAUCCAACUAGACUUGCCGACCCCACUGUCUCGGAUAAUAUUGAUGAGUAUCGAGAAGUAUAUGUCAAAACCCCCAGGUCUUUGCUAUCUGGUGUUCUACUUCCCAGUCUAUACUACAUACGACCAGAAGGUGAAGAUAGGUUUAUGGAAGUCUGGACGUUAGAGCUUAAUGAUCAUAUACGUAAGUUGAUCCUUGCCCAUAUUUGGCCUAUGUCUGGUACUGUUGUUGCUGAUCAGUUCAAAGGGAAUGGGGACUGUGGAGCCUGGGUAGUUGGAGCUGAAAACCAGGAGCUCUAUGGCUAUGUUGCCUUCGGUCAUCCCGGCGACAAAUAUGCAUACGUUAUAUCAGCGCGCUCGAUCUUCCGACAAAUCAGUGCUGAAGUCUCAGAUUAUGUCGCCAUCUGCGCAUCCGGACCGACUUUCAAGUUUCCUUUUGCUGCCAGGAAUCACAGACAAAAUCAGACACACCAAGGCCGCUGGAGCAGACAAAGGGAUCCUCAGGAAAACUUUCACCACGGCUAUGCUUCACCGCAAAUGCCACCUUACGGUAAUCCCUGGGGCUACCCAGGAGUCUAUCCUCAAACAUUCCAGCCAUAUACCGAACCCCCUACCGCGAGGGACAAUCCUGGAGAACGCAUAUCUACAUCGCCAUCACCGGCACCAAAUGCGGGAACAACCGCGGAAGAAGCAAUUGCGCGUCUAGAGAAAUUAAUUUUAGACGAUCGGCUUGAACGAGAAGCCAAAGAAGCUGCAAGAAAUGCCGCCAUUGAAAGUGAGGCCGCCGAAAAAGCAGCACGCGAAGUGCAGUUAGCACAUGAUCGGAAAAUCGCCCAAGAAGCAGCGGCGAUCGCUCGGGCUGAUGCGGAAGUUCGAGCGGCUCAAGAUGCAGCACUUGCCAAGGAGAAGGCAGAAGCAGCGGCCCAAGCCGCAGCAGCCGAGUCACAAGCUCGGAUAGCUCGCUUAGAAGCAGUGAAGGAGGCUGAAUUAAGAUCAGCUUCGGGCAGGCUAAAGAAGAGAUCCAAUUGUGUUCUGCAGUGA